AUGGAGAAGAUCAGUGGUCCUAAUAGAUAUCUUGCACUCUACUUCGCCUCUGCAAUUGCAAUGGUUUCGAGAAAAUCAGGUUCAGCGAUGAGUUAUUGGUUCAGUGAGGCACCUGCAGUUGGUGCAUCAGGGGCAGUCUUUGGAUUAGCUAUGGGGUUUUUCUUCAAAGGCAUUGAUAACUGGGGACAUUUUGGAGGCUUGCUUGGUGGAGUUGCCACAUCAUGGCUUCUAGGUCCUGCAUGGAAGUACGAAUCUCCCUCCAGUGAUGGUCGAAGAAUCUUUUCUGACAAGGCUCCUAUUUUCUACCUCAUCAACGCAAAGAAGAGAUCCUAG